AUGGCAGAAGUGGAGACGCGGUCCACGGCUCAGUCUGUCGCUGACGGAAUGGUUUUUUCUGAUGAGAAGUUGUCCAGGGUGGACAGACAUUGCAGCGAUGAUGAAGAUAUGCUGGAUGAGAGUGAGGUCAAUGGUAACUGGACUCCUCAGGAGAAAGCCCUGCAUGAGGCCCGACUCAAAGCCAAAGCCAAGCGGCGUCUACGCAAGUCCUCGUCCCGAAACUCUACUUCAGACUCCAUCUCAGAGUCUGGGGAGUUAGGAGGGGGUGAUCCACACAGUCCAAAGGGCAAGGUCGCCACCAGUGACCGCAAAUCCAGGAUGGGAAAAGGUCGUGGGCUACCAAAGAAAGGUGGAGCGGGGGGUAAAGGAGUGUGGGGUGCUGCAGGAAUGGUGUAUGAAGAUGAAGAACCCGACGUACGGGACCCCAAUUACGAUGAAUCUUCUCAGGGAGACACAGUUUAUGCGACAGUUGUUCCGGUAAUAGAUGAGAAGGAACUUGAAAAAAUGGUCAACCCGAUUGUACAGGAGUACUUUGAACAUGGAGACACCAAAGAAGUAGAGAUGUUGCUGAAGGAAUUGAACCUCGGCCCUCACAAGUACGAGUUUUCCACUAUGGCUGUGUCCCUGUCUCUGGAAGGCAAAGCUAGUCACAGAGAGCUGACCUCGCGUCUGCUCUCAGACCUCUCCAACAAGAUGAUGUCCAAAAGUGAAAUGGGCAGGGCCUUUGACAAGAUGCUCAAAGAACUGCCGGACCUGAUCCUUGACACCCCUGAGGCCCCACAGAUGUUAGGCCAGUUCAUAGCCAGAGCAAUAGCGGACCAUGUGCUGCCCACGUCUUUCCUGGACUGUUAUAGAGGCAGAGUGGACUGUGAGCAUGCAAGAGUGGCUUUAGACCGCGCCACAGUGCUUCUGUCCAUGAAGAAGGAAGUUGUUCGUCUGGAUAAUGUGUGGGGCGUUGGCGGUGGCCUAAGACCCGUCAAACAUCUCGUUAAAGAGAUGAACCUGCUCCUGAAGGAGUACUUGAUAUCUGGAGAUAUAGCAGAGGCUGAACACUGUCUGAGAGACCUUGAGGUUCCACACUUUCACCAUGAGCUCGUUUAUGAGGCUGUAGUAAUGGUGCUGGAGGCCAGUGGGGACAAUUCUGGCAAAAAUAUGAUAAAACUGCUACAGUCCUUUUGGAAAUCAGGUCUGGUCACUAUUGAUCAAAUGAAUAGGGGCUUCCAACGAGUGUAUGACGAGCUCCCUGAGAUUAGCCUGGAUGUGCCACAUGCUCACACUAUCAUGGAGGACUUUGUGGACCUCUGCUACCAAGAAGCAAUUAUCACUAAACAGCUGAGGGAUGCUUGUCCUUCCAGAGGACGCAAGCGAUUUGUGAGAAGUAGCUUCUCGGCUAGCGGAAGACAUGAGCAGCUGAAAUCGUGCAGGUUUGACAGCUUUGGCAGGAUGGGAAGGCAGAGGAAAAGGGUGGUGACCGGGGAAGCACCCCCACCUCCAAGGAAAGAUGACAAGCCUUCUGCAUUUCAUCGGAAGGAGAAGAAAAAGAAAGUUGAUAUUGGCAAAGUCUUCAUCAACAUCUCCAUUGGCCUUUGCAUAUUCAGCCUCAUCUGGUUCUUCUAUGCCUUAUAUAUGCGGUCAAGCCUAGCCAAAAGGGUGGUGACUUUACAUCCGGCAGCCCCUGUUCUGGAUGCCAAUAGCAGCAGUGCCAAGGUCUCACCAGAGAGAUUCUGGGGCACCUACAGGCCGCAGGUUUACUUUGGCAUGAAGACGCGGAGUCCAAGGCCAAUUGUCACUGGUAUGAUGUGGAUGCGUCAGUUCUCCGAUGUUGACAUAAAUCUGAGGCACACGUGUGAACAGGGGGACCGUUUGCAGAGCUACGGCUGGCUGAUGCAUGAUGGGACCAACUUCGGUGUCCAGGAGAUAAGAGAUAAUGAUUUUACCCUAACCACAGAGUUUGUGAAGCGGAUGGGAGGUGGUCACGGAGGAGACUGGACAUGGAGGAUCACUGCCAAACAACAUAGCUCCUCCCCCCACGCUCCUGUUCUCUCCCUGAUGUUCUAUGCUGCAGCAGACACACAGGGUUCUCUGGAAGCACACGUGGAGGAGAAAACACGCCUGGCCUCCGUCACCGGCUCCUCCGAGGAGCUGGGAAAUUUCAAGAUCACUUUCCGAAAACCUGUCACUGGUGAACCUUCCAGUGCUAAAUAUGCCAGUUAUAACUAUCUGAAGACUGUCAGCCCUGGUUUGGAGAAACUAUCCGACAUUGUGAAGCAUAGCCUAAAUCGCAGGUUUGUCUACAGUCCUUCAUCUGGAGAGAAAAGGCAUUACAUCGGUGUAGACGUCUAUAGGCCCCCACAUCAUCCCAACCAGCAGAAACCACAGGACACGAGAAAGGAGAGCGAUUUUGUGGUUCACCAAGUCACAGUCCAGACACCGUUCCAGGUGGAAGUUUUGUUCGAAUCCGGCAGCUUUUCUAACCGUCCAAACCAGCUUGUGGGUUCAACUCUGACACAAGAGUUGGAGAAAAGAAAGGCAGAGUUCAGCGCAAAGUUUGAAAAUACCUUUAGGCUUGAAAGCAAAGGAUUUAAUCAGGCAAAUAUUAAAUUUGCACAAGCGGCACUCAGCAACAUGUUGGGCGGAAUGGGCUACUUCUACGGGCAGUCAGUGGUUCAGUCGGUUUACAAUGAGUACCCUCUUCUGUACCCUGAAGGUUCCCUCUACACUGCUGUACCCUCUCGCUCCUUCUUCCCCCGUGGGUUUCUCUGGGACGAAGGCUUCCACCAGCUGCUUUUGAGUAAGUGGGACCCUGAGGUGACAAGAGAGGCCAUCGCACACUGGAUCGAUCUCAUGAACAUUGAAGGAUGGAUUCCGCGAGAGCAAAUUUUGGGAGACGAAGCCCGUAGCAAAGUCCCAGGCGAGUUCAUCGUUCAACGCAAUGAAAACGCCAAUCCUCCCACUCUUUUUUUAGCACUCCAGGAUCUCAUCGGACAAUUGUCGUCAAAUCCAGAUGAGAAAACGUUAACUUUUCUCCAACGUCUUUUUCCCAAAUUGAAAACUUGGUUUGGCUGGUACAACACCACUCAGACUGGCCCCAAACCAAACUCGUAUCGUUGGCGAGGACGUGACAAAGACACCAACUUAUUUCUCAAUCCUAAAACGCUAACGUCCGGACUAGAUGACUACCCCCGUGCGUCGCAUCCUUCCGCAGAUGAACGGCACAUAGACUUGCACUGUUGGAUGGCAAUGUCUUCAGGGAUCAUGGCACGGAUAGCUCAACUUCUCGGCGAGCCUCAUGAAGAUUAUGAAGCCACUCACAACAUUCUCAGCGAUAACGGUCUGCUGAAUGAGCUGCACUGGUCGGAACAGUUGAGGGCCUACAGCGAUUUCGGGAACCACACACAGUCCGUCUCGCUACAACAAGAGAAGGUGUAUGUGCCUCCCGGACAGCCGCGGCAUCAGUUCCCUGUAGCUCGACUUGUGCGUUACGUCCGCAAAGCCCCUAAGCUGCAGUUUGUCAACGCUCUUGGCUACGUCAGCCUGUUCCCCUUCCUGCUGCACAUUCUUCAGCCAGACUCGCACAAACUGGAACAAAUCUUCCAAGACAUGAGGGAUCCCAAUAAGCUCUGGACACCAUACGGCCUGCGGUCCUUGUCCAAAGCCGAUCCCCUAUACAUGAUGAGAAACACGGAGCAUGAUGCCCCCUACUGGAGGGGUGCCAUUUGGAUUAACAUCAACUAUUUGGCAGUGCGAGCCCUCCAUCACUACAGCAACACAAACGGGCCGUACCAAGAGAAGGCCGCUGGUCUUUAUAAAGAACUCAGGACUAACAUUGUCAAUAAUGUUUUUAAACAGUAUGUUGAAACGGGCUAUAUCUGGGAGCAGUACAAUGACAGCACUGGCAGAGGCCAAGGAAGCCACCCUUUUACCGGCUGGUCAGCGCUCACGGUGUUAAUAAUGGGAGAGCAUUACUGA